UACGAAACGUAGCAAAAUGGCGGCCACGUCAGUUCCUCUUUUUUCACCCUCUUCUCAACCUGACUUGGAAAAUAUGGAGGCUGAUAACCAAAUGAACGAGUUUUCAUUUGGUCCUCCUAUGAGUCAAGAUGCCUCUAUGUACUCUGGAUCUAUUGAGCAACAGGAAGAAUUCAUGGAAAGUGGUAGAAAAGUCGAUGAAUCGAAUGGAGGCCCUCGGUACAGAUUCCCUUUCUAUUCCCAAAUUUUCAACAAGAAAAACUACGAUUGGUUAUUGGAAGUGGAUCAAUCGAGUGAUGAUGAUUUCAACAAACCGUUACUUGAAGAGCUUGACAUUGAUCUGCAAGAUAUCUACUACAAGGUUCGCUGUGUGGUGUUUCCUCUUCCAUCCCUUGGGUUUAAAAGGGAUGUGUUGAGGGACAGCCCUGAUUUCUGGGGCCCUCUUCUGGUGGUUCUUUUGUAUGCAAUGCUGGCAUUGUUUGGUCAGUUUAAGGUUGUCUCCUGGAUAAUAACAAUAUGGCUGCUGGGCUCCCUUAUAAUCUUCCUGUUGGCCAGAGUACUUGGUGGAGAAGUGAACUACUCUCAGUGUCUUGGUGUGAUUGGUUACUCACUAAUCCCACUGGUGUUGACUGCAGCAGCCCUGCCAUUGGUUAAUUACUUUCCCAACAUUAGUGUUGCUAUCAAGUUGUUUGGGGUGGUGUGGGCAUCUUACAGUGCAGGAUCUCUUCUCAUCCAGGAUGAACUAAAGAAUAAAAGAUUAUUACUCAUGUAUCCUAUUCUGCUCCUCUACAUUUACUUCUUUUCUUUGUACACUGGUGCUUGAGGAUAUUUGUGGCAGCCAUUACCUAGAGGACAGAGAGCAGGGUUUGAACUAUUACUUAAUUCAUGCAGUUGGAUUGUGCUGCUUCACUUUUGGGGUUGGGGUUGUAGGGUAAGGUUGUGUUGUUGUGGGUAGCAAAAUUAACUGAGAACUCACUCAAAAAGGACCUGAAUUUUUCUUACAAGCUACAAUGAUUCUAUGAUAAGGUAUGUAUUUUAGAAAAGCGCCAAAUCAUGGUAUGUGCCCAAAUUUGUUAUUCAAAUUUUUUGUGAACACUCCUUUCUUUCAAUGAUCUGCCCUUUUACCUCCAUCGUGAUAUCAUUUGUUGACAGUAGAACCAUUUAGGUCAUUUAAUCACCAUGAAAGAAUUUGAAUUUAAAAAUGGAAAGAAAUCUAAGCUGGAAGAAAUGUGUGGAGAUGUAAAUGAAUUUAAUUACAUCUUGAAGAAAGUUGUGAAAUAAUUAAAGAGAGAGGAAGUGGUCACAGUGCAAAAAUUAAAGCCCAUUGCAGAGUUUAGUGAUUUUCAUAAUAUUUCAGAUCAGUCAGAGUUCAGUGGUUAUGUAGAGUACAUGUAUAUGUGGAAGAUAUGCUUGUUUGGUGAAUUUCCAACACAAAUACAACAUAAGGUGCUCAAUAUUUCAAUAGUUAUUAAUAUUACUAAAACUAAAAAGUACUCUCUUCGGUGCGUAGGUUUUGUUCUUAUUAUAUUCUUUGGCAAUUUUGAAGUGCAAGAGGCUCUCCAAAUGGUUUCUUGUACAUGACUGUAUGAAUUAUAGUAAACUGAGGUGCCAAAUCUCACCUUGGAGGUUCCUAAUAGGCAGUAAUGUCUUAUCUAUGGGCUGUCGUUGUUUUAAAAUGGGGACUGUUACAAAUAUUAAAAAUAUGCUAAGGAGAUGUAGGAUGCUACUUUUCCAAAGUACGACUGGGAAGUGACAAUUUGAGUUUCAGCAAAUCAAGUUAACCAGUCCAAAAUAACAACAUAAGCAAUAAUUUAUCAUGUGAUCCUACCUCUUGAUUUGCGCCGGGCAGCAAAGGGGAGUGGGUAGAAAGGACAAGAUUUUUGAUUGGCUUUCUCAAGAAAUAUCAGUCUUAUUUUUCAUUAAUGAAUUAUGUCUGGAACUCAAAUAAUUACGAUAUAGGGGUGAAGAUAUGUACCUGUCGUGGUUACUAACCAAAGUGGCUCCAUGAAAAAAUUUGUUUACUACAUGUGUGUCAGCAUUGUUUGUUUUCUAAACAUUCUCAUUUGACAACUGAAAGGCAAGGCUCAGAAAUUUCCCCCCUUUUUUAUUCAUGUUGUUUUGUUUCGAUUCCUUAUUGGUUAUAAACUCAAAUCUGUGAGAAGAUCUUGAAUUGAGUUAGUUUUGUACAGUUCUGAACAAGGGCUCUGUAUAUUUUAAAAUUAUAUCUCAUGACUUGAUGGAUAUUAGGUGCUAUAUAAAUGAAGAUUAUGCUGAGCUUGAUAGUAAGCAGCCAAACUAAGUUAUGUUUAUCGAAACUGUACAUAUAUAAAUGGCAAUUAAAACCAAAUGAGGCUGGACAA